AUGGCACUCCAAUGGGUGAAGCCGUGGAUCGCUCUGGUCUUCGGACUAUCUGCUGCACAUUCUGAGACUGUUAUGAUUCCAGACAUGACUUCCAUUGGGAGUCUAAAUGAUUCCAAACUGCAAAUCGUAUCAGCAGGAGUGAGUCCCACUCAUAACGGGCAGGUCUGCAGCACAUGGGGUAACUACCACUACAAAACCUACGAUGGAGACCUCUUCCAGCUGCCCUACACCUGUAACUACGUGCUGUCGUCAUUGUGUAAGAGCAGCAGCGGCUACGAGGCAUUUAACAUAAAGCUGCAGCGCGGGGAGGUAGAUGGGCUGCCCACCAUCACCAAGGUUUCUUUGAAGCUGGAUGGAACCUUCGUGGAGCUGGCCAACGGUAACGUCAGUGUCAACGGAUUACAGGUCACCAUACCGUUUGGUCAGUCUAACGUCUUCAUUGAGAGGACUGUUUCCUAUGUGAAGAUCACAGCCAAGCUGGGGUUAGUCAUCAUGUGGAAUGAAGAUGACUCCCUCUGGGUGGAGCUGGACUCAAAGUUCCAGAAUCAGACAUGUGGGCUGUGUGGAGACUUCAACGGAGUCCAGAACGAGUUCAAUAGGAAUGAUGAUUAUCUGAAGAUAAUCGACUAUGCUGAUAUUUGGAAGAUGAAUGGUCCAACAGAAACCUGUACAGAAAUCCCUGUUCACACUGAGCAGUGUGAAGACCAGACCAAACUUUGUGAGCAGCUUCUCACCAGUCUUGCCUUCAGUAAUUGUAAGGACCUGAUUGCCACAGACUCCUUCAUCAAGGCCUGUGCAGAAGACAUGUGUCACUGUGGCAACAGCAGCAGCAGUGUCACCUGCGCCUGUCCCACCAUGUCAGAGUACUCCCGCCAGUGUGCUCACGCAGGGGGGAAACCCCAGGAGUGGAAGACCGACCAGUUCUGCUUGGAGACGUGUCCUUUAAGCAUGCAGUACCAGGAGUGUGGUAGUCCCUGCACUGAUACCUGCUCCAACCCAAAGAGGAACCAGCAUUGUGAGGAACACUGCACCGAUGGAUGCUUCUGCCCUGCUGGAACUGUGUUUGAUGACAUCACUCAGACUGGCUGUGUAGCUGUGAACCAGUGCUCUUGUCUCCAAUCUUACCAGCCUGGACAAUCAUUCUCAAGAACAUGCCACAAAUGUACCUGUAUCCAAGGCCAGUGGAGUGCUGGAUCUAUGCCCUGUCCUGCUCCAAGGUAGGGAUCAAACCACCUACUGGGAAAGCCUAUGGAGACUGCUCAUAUGUCCUGUCCAAGGUAGGGAUCUAACCUACUGUAUGGAGACUGCUCAUAUGUCCUGUCCAAGCAAACCAACAAGACUACUUUCACAGUCCUGGGUGACAUAGUGAAAUGUGGGAAGACGGACAUUGAGACCUGCCUAAGAUCUGUAACCCUGGUGACUCCAGAGUCCACGAUGAUCGUCAUCGAUGCCAGUGGAAGGGUCUUUGUCAACAUGAUGUUUUCUCAGAUGCCGCUUUUCAUGGCUGAUGUAAGGGUCUUUCAGCCCUCUACGUUCUACAUCAUUGUGCAUACCUCUUAUGGGCUCCGUCUAGAGGUCCAGCUAACACCUAUAAUGCAGGUCUACAUCGUAGCUAGCAGUUCACACAAAGAAAAAACCCAGGGUCUUUGUGGAGACUUUAACAGCGUCCGCACUGACGACUUCAGAACCAUCAAUGGACUGGUGGAAGGAACCGCUGUGACGUUCGCCAACACUUGGAAGACCAAAGCAAGCUGUCCUGAUGUGGCACAGAACUUUGAGAUCCCAUGCAGUCUGAGUGUAGAGAACGAGAGAUAUGCCAAGUACUGGUGCUUGAUGCUGUCAGAUCGUGCAGGAAUAUUUUCCCAAUGCCACACUGAGAUCAACCCAAAUUACUACAAGGAAAUCUGCCUAUUUGACAGUUGUAACUGUGAGAGGAGUGAGGAGUGCAUGUGUGCUGCGGUCUCCUCCUACGUCCAUGCAUGUGCUGCUGCAGGCGUCCUGCUCAGUGGAUGGAGAAACACCACCUGUGGGAAGUACUCCUCCAGCUGCCCUGACACGAUGGUCUAUGACUACACCAUGACCAGCUGUGACCGCACCUGUCGUUCACUGAGCCAGACAGACUUCACCUGCCAGUUAGACCAUGUGUCUGUGGACGGCUGUGGCUGUGCCGAGGGAACCUACCUGAAUGACCAGGGAGAGUGUGUCCCUGCCUCACGCUGCUCCUGCUACAAUGGAGGCACAGUAGUACCCCCUGGAGAGGUCACCAGGAUCUAUGGGGCUACAUGCUCUUGCAGACAAGGGAAAUUAAGCUGUACUGGAGAACAACAACAUUUAUCCUGUGAAGAACCAAUGGGUUUCUUCAACUGUUCUAGUGCAGGGCCCGGAGCCAAGGGCUCAGAGUGCCAGAAGAGCUGUCAAACACUAGACAGUCACUGUAUCAGUGCAGAGUGUGUGUCAGGCUGUGUAUGUCCUGAUGGUCUGCUGUCUGAUGGAAACGGAGGAUGCAUCAAGGAAGACCUAUGUCCCUGUUCUCACAAUGGAGUCUAUUACCAACCUGGACAUCUGCUCAAAGUAGACUGCAAUACCUGCACUUGCGAAGGCAGAAAAUGGCAGUGUACCAAUAAGCAGUGUGAUGGGAUGUGUGCCAUAUAUGGAGAUGGGCAUUUCAUCACUUUUGAUGAGGAAAGGUUUACUUUCAAUGGAGAUUGUGAAUACAUUCUUACUCAGGACUACUGCAGCAACAAUCCAAACGGUACCUUUAGACUGAUCACAGAGAACAUUCCCUGUGGAACCACCGGCACCACCUGUUCCAAGGCCAUCAAGCUCUUCUUGGGGAACAAUGAGAUCAUACUAGCAGAUGAAUCUGUAAAAGUGAUCAAACAAGAGAACGGGGUUGACGUACCAUACCAGGUCCACUCUAUCGGUCUCUAUGUUGUUGUUGAGGCUGAAAAUGGCCUGAUCCUCAUGUGGGACAAGAAGAAUAGCCUGUUCAUCAAACUCAGCUCUACCUUCCAGGGCCAAGUGUGUGGUCUGUGUGGUAACUACGACGGUAAUGGAAAGAACGACUUCACGUCCAGAAACCAGGAAGUGGUUGUUGAAGCUCUGGAGUUUGGGAACAGCUGGAAAGUGUCACCCAGUUGCCCCAACGCUGAUGUCAUAAAAAACCCAUGCACUUUAAGAUCAUACAGGCAGUCCUGGUCUCUGAAACGCUGCAGCAUCAUCACCAGUAACGUUUUCUCAGCCUGCCACUCACAGGUGGACCCCACGCCAUUCCAUGAUGCCUGUGUGAGGGACUCGUGUGCCUGUGACACUGGGGGAGACUGCGAGUGUUUCUGUACAGCUGUAGCAGCCUACGCCCAGGCCUGUAACGAGGCAGGGGCUUGUAUCAAGUGGAGGACACCAGAUAUCUGCCCUCUGUUCUGUGAUUUCUACAACCCUAUUGGUGAGUGUGAGUGGCAUUAUAAUCCGUGUGGAUACCCCUGUAUGAAGACCUGCAAGAAUCCCUCAGGAACAUGCUCCAGUCAGAUCCCUGCACUGGAAGGUUGCUAUCCAAAAUGUCCUUCGGCCCAGCCUUAUUUGGAAGAAAGUACCAUGAAGUGUGUCAGUAAGAAGGACUGUGGUUGCUACGAUGGAGAUGGAACUCAUUACAACGAUGGAGAGAUUAUACCUUCCAAGGAGAACUGUCAGACAUGUCGUUGCUCAUCAACUGAGGUCAGUUGCAGCUAUGAUGUCCAAGCUUGUUAUUGUUUCUACGACGGCAGAACAUACCCUUAUGGAGCGACCAUAUAUCACACAUCUGACGGUGAUGGGACUUGUAUUACUGCCACCUGCAAAGAGAAUGGAACUAUUGUCCGGAUUAUGAACCCCUGUCCCAGCACCCCAACUCCAACAACUACACCAAGUGUUACAACAACACAGAUAUUCACUCAAGCACCGGCCACAUUUGUUUUCUCAACUCCUGCCACUACCCCAACAACAACCCCUACCUCUACCCCCACAACAACCCUUACCACUACCACAACAACCCCUACCACUACCCCCACAACAACCAUUACACCGACAACAACCCCUUCUACUACCCCCACAACAACCUCUACUUCACCAACACCCACUUUACCCACUACUACUCCACACUGCCUGACCAAGACUGUCUGUGAUUGGUCAGACUGGAUUAGCAAAUACUAUCCCUCUGUUGGACCAGAAGGAGGAGAUUAUGAAACCAUAGAAAAUAUAAAGAAAUAUAGAAAUGAUAUUUGUAGCCAACCUAAGGAUGUAGAAUGCAGAGCCAAAGACAACAUCUAUGUUCCUUUGGCCGAACUAGGUCAAAAUGUUGAAUGCAAUCCCUCAGUUGGACUGAUAUGCCACAACAAGGAUCAAGGCAUCCCACCAAUAUGCUACAACUACGAGAUCAGAGUCAGAUGUUGUGUUGAUGUUUGUAGCAAUGAGACACCUACCACCUCAGAAAGAAACACAACAACCAUUGUAACAUCAACAACUACCCCAACAACAACAGAAAGUCCAACACCCACAACUAAAUCAACAACUCCAUCCACAACAAAAGUAACAGAGGAAGUUACAACUGGUCCAGAAUCAACAACACCUACUACCUCUACCACAACAACAAUACCGACAACCAACAGAGAAAGUCCAUCAACCACAACAACAUCUAAGACAACAACAUAUUCCACAACAAGUGAAACAGAGGAAAUUACAACUGGUCCAGAAUCAACAUCGACAACAACCCCUUCCACUACGCCAACAACAACCACCAAUUCACCAACAACCUCUUCAACCACUACUUCUCCACAAUGCCUGACCAAGACUGUCUGUGCUUGGUCAGACUGGAUUAGCAAAUACUAUCCCUCUGUUGGACCAGAAGGAGGAGAUUAUGAAACCAUAGAAAAUAUAAGGAAAUCUGGUAUUGAUAUUUGUAGCCAACCUAAAGAUGUAGAAUGCAGAGCCAAAGACAACAUCUAUGUUCCUUUGGCCGAACUAGGUCAAAAUGUUGAAUGCAAUCCCUCAGUUGGACUGAUAUGCCGCAACAAGGAUCAAGGCAUCCCACCAAUAUGCUACAACUACGAGAUCAGAGUCAGAUGUUGUGUUGAUGUUUGUAGCAAUGAGACACCUACCAACUCAGAAAGGCACACAACAACCAUUACAACAUCAACAACUACCCCAACAACAAGAACAACAACAGAAAGUCCAACAACAACAACUACCCCAACAACAAGAACAACAACAGAAAGUCCAACAACAAGAACAACAACAGAAAGUCCAACAACAACUACCGCAACAACAACCACAACAACAGAAAAAGGAGGACAUUAUGAAACCAUAGAAAAUAUAAGGAAAUCUGGUAUUGAUAUUUGUAGCAAACCUAAGGAAGUAGAAUGCAGAGCCAAAAACAACAUCUAUGUUCCUUUGGCCGAACUAGGUCAAAAUGUUGAAUGCAAUCCCUCAGUUGGACUGAUAUGCCGCAACAAGGAUCAAGGCAUCCCACCAAUAUGCUACAACUAUGAGAUCAGAGUCAGAUGUUGUGUUGAUGUUUGUAGCAAUGGGACAACUACCACCUCAGAAAGUAACAGAAAGUCCAACACCAACAACUACCCCAACAACAAAAACAACAGUAACAGAAAGGCCAACAACAACCCUAACAACAACCCUAACAACAAAAUGUCCAACAACCACAACAAAGUCCACCACAGAAAGUCCAACAACCACAACGAAGUCAACCACCCCAUCCAGAAUGACAAUAAAGGAGGAGAUUAUGAAACCAUAGAAAAUAUAAGGAAAUCUGGUAUGGAUAUUUGUAGCCAACCGAAGGAUGUAGAAUGCAGAGCCAAAGACAACAUCUAUGUUCCUUUGGACGAACUAGGUCAAAAUGUUGAAUGCAAUCCCUCAGUUGGACUGAUAUGCCGCAACAAGGAUCAAGGCAUCCCACCAAUAUGCUACAACUACGAGAUCAGAUCCAGAUACAGAAGAAACUACUAUAUCAAACCCAACCACAACCCCUACCAUUACCCCAACGACAACCCCUAUCAUUACCCCAACAACAACCCCUACCAUUACCCCAACAACAACCCCUACCAUUACCCCAACAACAACCCCUACCAUUACCCCAAUAACAACCCCUACCACUACCCCAACAACAACCUCUAUCAUUACCUGUUGGAGGAAAUUAUGGAAUUUAGAAAUUCCACUAACAUUACCCCAACCCCAACUAAUAUCACUACCCCAACAACAACCCCUAUCAUUACCACUACCACUACGCCUACCACCUCCACAACCACUACCAUUACCCCAACAACAACCCAUAUCAUUACCCCAACAUCACUACCACAACCUCUACCACUACCACUACCCCAACCUCUACCCCUACCACUACCACAACCCUACCACUACCACAACCCCUACCGCUACCACAACCUCUACCACUACCCCAACCUCUACCACUACCACUACCACAACCCCUACCACUACCACAACCCCUACCGCUACCACAACCUCUACCACUACCCCAUCCUCUACCCCUACCGCUAUCACAACCUCUACCACUACCCCAACCUCUACCCCUACCACUACCACAACCCGUACCACUACCACAACCCCUACCGCUACCACAACCUCUACCACUACCACAAUCCGUACCACUACCACAACCCCUACCGCUACCACAACCUCUACCACUACCACAAUCCGUACCACUACCACAACCCCUACCGCUACCACAACCUCUACCACUACCCCAACCUCUACCCCUACCACAACCUCUACCCCUACCACAACCCCUACCACUACCACAACCUCUACCUCUACCACUACCACAAACCCUACCGCUACCACAACCUCUACCACUUCCCCAACCUCUACCCCUACCGCUACCACAACCCCUACCACUACCACAACCCCUACCGCUAUCACAACCUCUACCACUACCACAAUCCGUACCACUACCACAACCCCUACCACUACCACAAUCUCUACCACUACCCCAACCUAUACCCCUACCGCUACCACAACCUCUACCACUACCACUACCCCAACCUCUACCCCUACCACUACCACAACCCCUACCGCUACCACAACCUCUACCACUACCCCAACCUCUACCCCUACCACUACCACAACCUCUACCUCUACCUCUACCACUACCACAACCCCAACCUCUACCUCUACCACUACCACAACCACAACCUCUACCUCUACCACUACCACAACCCCUACCGCUACCACAACCUCUACCCCUACCGCUACCACAACCCCUACCGCUACCACAACCUCUACCACUACCACAAUCUGUACCACUACCACAACCCCUACCACUACCACAAUCUCUACCACUACCCCAACCUCUACCCCUACCACUACCUCUACCCCUACCGCCAGUACAACCCCUACCACUACCACAAUCUCUACCACUACCCCAACCUCUACCCCUACCGCUACCUCUACCCCUACCGCUACCACAAUCUCUACCACUACCCCAACCUCUACCACUACCACAACCCCUAUCACAACCCCUACCUUUACCACCUCCACAAAUCCUACCACAUUAUUUUUUUUUUUUGUUUAGGUUCCUUGAUAUAUAAUGAGACUGAUGGGGCAGGCUGGUGUUUCACCUCCUACUGUAACUCAAGUUGUGUUGUUGAGAGACAAGCCAGACCAUGUCCCUCUACGACCCCAGCUACAGUCAGCACUGUCUCAGCUACAGUCAGCACUGUCUCAGCUACAGUCAGCACUGUCUCAACUACAGUCAGCACUGUCUCAACUACAGAUGGUGAGACUUGGAAGACAGACAACUGCACUACUCAGACUUGCCACAGGGGUGUAAUUACCACAAAGUUUGUGGUUUGUGAGUCUGUUGAAAAGCCUGUGUGUGAAAAUGGAUUCCCACCAGUGAAAGUCUAUGACGAAUCAGGUUGCUGCUAUCACUACGAAUGUGAAUGUAUAUGCUAUGGAUGGGGAGACCCUCAUUACGUCACAUUUGAUGGCGAAUAUUACAGUUUCCAGGAAAACUGCACCUACGUUUUGAUUAAAGAAAUAGUUCCUCGACAGAACUUCAGUGUCAUCAUCGACAACUAUAACUGCGAUCCGUCUGGACAUGCGACCUGCCCUCAGUCUCUGAUUGUCUAUUACAAGUCUUACAAAAUCGUUCUUACUCCGAAGAGAUUAAAUGUGACAACAAAUAUGGUUUAUAUCAAUGGAAAUCAGAUCUUCCCGACCUUUUCUAAUGAAGACCUCAUGAUCACCAGCACUGGGGUAGAGUUACUGUUGAAGAUUUCUGCCAUUAAAGCAACAGUGAUGUUUAAGUCCCUUAUGUUCAGUGUAACCCUGCCAAACUCCCUAUUCCACAACAACACAGAGGGGCAGUGUGGUACCUGUGACAAUAUCAGGAAAAACGAUUGCAGAUUACCGAAUGGAAAGAUUAACCCAUCAUGUCCUGGGAUGGCUCAUGAAUGGAAGAUUCCUGAUGUUAAAAAACCCUACUGUGAAUGGCAACCCCCUACCCCACCUCCUACCCCUACGCCUCCUACCUGCCCGUCAGGAAACACAUCAAUCUGUGACAUCAUACUUAGCCCGGUCUUUAAGCAAUGCCAUGACGUUAUCCCACAACAACCCUUCUUCGAGGCCUGUAAGUUUGAUGUCUGCCACAUGCCAAAUAUCUCAAUCGGCUGCUCCAGCCUGGAAGCCUACGCCGUGAGGUGUGCAGCAGCUGGAGUCUGUAUCGACUGGAGGAAAUCAACUAAUGGAACAUGUGAACUGUCAUGCCCUAAUACCAAAGUGUAUAAGGCGGGUGGCUCUACUAUCCAGCCAACAUGCAAUUCAAGAUACAAUGACAAAUAUGUGCAUUCAUGUCAGGGAGCACAAAUGACCCGUGACUUUGUAUGUGACUCAUUCAUGGAGGGCUGUUUCUGCCCUGAGGGUACCAUCUUGUUCAACACAUUCUCUGACACCUGUGUUCGUGACUGUGGAUGCACAGGACCUGUUGGAAAACCCAAACAGUUUGGUGAGACUUGGUACAGUAACUGCCAGAAGUGCACGUGUAAUGCUGACACACUGAGUGUCCAGUGUGAACCAGUGAAAUGUCCGCCCCAAGAAAUUGUUACCUGUAAGAAGUACGGUGAGGUGUUGGUCAACGAGACGGUGGACUGCUGUCAGAAAAAUACAUGUGUGGCCAAACCUGUUUGUGUCCACAACAAUACUGAAUACACGGGGGGAAACUCACCUCUGUCUACCUCCACAGGCACUUUAAUCAGUCACUGUGAUGUGAAGAACACCACCACCUACCUAGAGGUGAAUAACUGCAGGUCCUCUGUGCCGGUGGAAAUCUCAGCCUGCGGGGGAUCCUGUGGAACAUCUUCUAUAUACUCUGUAGAGAAAAACACCCUGAUGCACUCCUGCUCCUGCUGUCGAGAGAUGUCUACCAGUGAGAGGAAGGUGGAGAUGGUCUGCCCUGAUGGGAAGAAGAUCAUGCAGUCCUACAUUUACAUUGAUAAGUGUGGCUGCCAUGACUCUGAGUGUGACAAGAAGAACCACUUAGAUUAGGCCUUGACGAAUUAAGUCUUUUAAAAUGUUCUUAUUUACCUUAACUGCAUGGAAUAUGAAAUAGUUUUAUCUAAAGGGAACCAAUAGGGUCUGUCUCAUUAUCAUAUAGGCUACUUUCACGAACAGCAUGUCCUUUCUCUCUACACUAUCAUAGACAUUAUGCAAACCUAUUAAACUGAUGAAGAAGCAUGAA